AUGGCUGCGAACUGUCGGGGCGAUAUUCGGCGCAGGAAGAGGGGAAUUGCUCAGGACGGGGAAGCAGCCCUUUUUCCAUUUCUUUAUUUCGUCUUCUAUCCACUUUGGGAUGGGGGAAACGAGACCAUCACUGAGGCAUGCGAAGGGUACUGGACAUUCUUGAAGUGGGAUGGUUGGGCACGACUGGCAGUGCGGAGGAGGCCAUUUACCACAUUUCUCUCAUCUUCUCGGGAAGGCAUCUUUUCAACCCUUUGCAGAAAUGAAGUGAUGACCACGAACCACAACACCUCGCGAAUGUGGGGUUACUCCGAAACAUCUUGUUACGGCAGUUUUUUGUACCAUAGAGCGGUCCCCGAGGUCCUGCGGGAUUGA